GGCAAAGAACAAGCACAACUCCUGGAAGAUUUUCUCUCCAGCGGCAAACCGAGUGCCAAGAACAAAUCGGCUCCCAAAGAAAAGGAGGAGAAUCGAACCUUCUACAGACCGAAGGAUGUUGCCAAUAGAAGAAAGUGA